UCCGAUUAUGAUGAUGAUCUGUUCUGUAGGGCCAUCAAUGUGCGUGGCAUUUUAGAGCUUGGCCCGGAAGGGAGGCGGGGCUUAGGAAGUGAUAAACUGUGCAUUAAAUGCCCAGCCCCCUUCUCCAACCUGGUGCCCUCCAGAUGACAACUCCCAUCAGUUCUCAUCAGCACAACCUGGGAGUUGUAAUAAUAUUUUUUCGUACCCCGCCCACUUGACUGGGUUGUCCCAACAACUCUGGACAGCUUCCAACAUAUAUUAAAACAGAACAGAACACUAAACAUUGAAAACCUCCUAUAAGCCUUCAGGUGUCUUCUUAAGUAGUCCAAGUCAUCUGGAGGGAGACAGACUUUCAUGUUCUUUCAGUGCAAAUCCUAUGCAGGCUUACUCAGAAGUGAUUCACACCUUGGAGGCCCCUGGGGCAGGGGAGAGGAUAGCAAAUGGGAUGCCAUGAGACAGUCUUGUGGGUCACCAACGGGGAGUGCAUAUGUGAGGCAGGGAGUGAAUUCAUCAGAUGAAACUGUUGGACCUAAAGAAGGACUUCUUCACUCAACACAUCAAUGUCCUAUGGAACUCACUGCAAGAAGAUGUGGGAAUUGCUGUUAAUGGGUCGUGAGGGUUCUGGGAAGGAAGAGAUGUCUGGAGAAACGGUGGUGAGCACUGCAGUGCCAGCAGCCGCAACCCGCACCAUGUCCUUCAAAGGCGCCAGCCCCAGUUCCAAGUAUGUGAAGCUGAACAUUGGCGGGGGCCUGUACUACACCACCAUGCAGACGCUGACCAAGCAGGACACCAUGCUCAAGGCCAUGUUCAGUGGUCGGAUGGAGGUCCUCACCGACAGCGAAGGCUGGAUUUUGAUUGACCGCUGCGGUAAGCAUUUUGGGACCAUCUUAAACUACCUGCGUGACGGUGCUGUACCCCUUCCAGAGAGCCGGCGGGAGAUAGAAGAGCUGCUGGCAGAAGCCAAAUAUUAUUUGGUCCAAGGUCUGGUGGAUGAGUGCCAGGCUGCCCUACAGCAGAACAAAGAGGUCUACGAGCCCUUCUGCAAGGUGCCCAUCAUCACAUCCUCCAAGGAAGAGCAGAAACUCAUAGCCACAUCAAACAAGCCAGCGGUAAAAUUGCUGUACAACAGAAGUAACAACAAGUACUCCUACACCAGCAACUCCGAUGACAACAUGCUGAAGAACAUUGAGCUGUUUGACAAGCUUUCGCUGCGCUUCAAUGGGAGGGUCCUCUUCAUCAAGGAUGUCAUUGGGGAUGAGAUUUGCUGCUGGUCUUUCUACGGACAGGGACGCAAGAUAGCGGAAGUCUGCUGCACGUCCAUUGUGUACGCCACGGAAAAGAAACAGACCAAGGUUGAAUUCCCAGAAGCCCGGAUCUACGAGGAGACAUUAAACAUUCUGCUUUAUGAAGCCCAAGAUGGACGAGGCCCUGACAACGCGCUGCUAGAAGCGACUGGAGGGGCAGCCGGCCGCUCACACCACCUGGAGGAGGACGAGGAGCGGGAGCGCAUUGAGCGGGUCCGCAGGAUCCACAUCAAGCGCCCAGACGACCGCACUCACCUGCACCAGUGAGAGAGAGACAGAGAAGCCAGCCUCAGCCCACAGUCCUGUUGGGGCAAAAUCUCCGUCCAGGCUCACUCCAGUGGCUGCCAGGCUCCUAACUUAUAUUCCAUGCGGUCUAUAAACUGUUAUUUUAUAAACAAGUUAGAGUA